GUAACACCCUCAAAAAUCACAAUGUGGUAUUUAUUUCACUAAAACUACUCGACAAAAACCAUUAUGAACUCCACAAAUAACCAAUUUGCAGCUAAUACGACUACCAACCUUGUGUUGGCUGGAACGACGUGUGUUCUUUCUAUGCUUGGAACGAUCUUCAUCAUCGUCACGUACGCCAAAUGGGUUACCAUCCAGACAGCGUCUCGUAAAAUUCUCCUUUACAUCUCGGUGUCCGACUUCUUCCUGGCUUUGGGGAACUUUGUAGGCAUUUUCGUAAAGUGUGAAAUCAUUUGUCUAGUUCAGAGUAUUGUAGUAACCUUCUCUUCUCUCUCCUCGUUUUUUUGGACUGUUUUUAUGGCAGUAUAUCUAUACUAUGGAUGUUCACGAAGGAAAGUUAUCACACGCGAGACACUCUUUUGUAUUUUCUACAUCAUUGGUUGGGGAGUACCUUUUCUUAUUACAGCUAUAGCAGCUUGGACGGCUAAGCUGGGGUAUGACGCUGAUAUUGUGACUUCUGGUUGGUGCUGGGUCAGUGUAGAGUUGAGCUGGAAUGAGAUGAUCAUUUGGAUGCUAAUAACUGGAAAGUUCUGGGAGAUUCUGGCGUAUUUUAUCAUCACUGUGAUGUACAUUUUGAUCAAGAAGGCUGUCAGGCGUCAGUUUCGUGAACAAGGUUUGCUGGACGACAAGGAAGAAAAAGCCAAACGAAUCGCAGAAAUGAAGUUGAUCGUCGUGCCACUUGUGUUCAUUACUCUUCACAUCUGGGGAACUGUUCGCUUCUUUAUCUUUGAGAAAACUGGGCCAGCAGUUGAAUUGCCCAACACUUCGUGGCUCCUCUAUCUCCAGGGCAUUGGAGACAAUGGUCAAGGCUUUGCUAACUUCCUAAUUUUCUGUUUCUGUACGGAAAAAACGCAGGAGUUCCUCAAAUCUUGCUGUAGAAAGUGUCUCUGCAGACGUCACCGUAAAAGAGGGCAUAAGAAUGUUCCAAAACAACAGGUAAUCACGCCAAGUUCUUCUCGUGUUACAAUUGAACCGAAAGUAAAGUAUGACCCAACAGACUAUGACUAUGCAGACCUCGGCUAGUCUGGCCAGCUCUUUAGGAAAAAUAACUAUAUUUAGGAUCACCAGUCAAGGUUCGCUGUGGUCACAGCGCCAGUCUUGCUUCUCAUAUUUCGGUACCAUAGCUGCGUCGUGCCAACGACACUAGAGUGAUUUAGCAUCAAGACGCGAACGUCAAAAGACGACGGCGCCAGCGCAAUUUUCGUGUGCGCGCCGUCCUCAACGUGAUUCGAUUGACGUCCUCAACAGGACGCCAUUUGCAGCAUUUUUACGUUCUGCCGAGGACUCAACUACGCUGAGGACGGUGCGCGCACAAAAAAUUACCCUCGCGUCGUCGUCUGUGACGUUCGCGUCUUGAUGCUAAAUCUCUCUACUGUCGCCGUAUGACUUCCCAGAAUAGAUGCGGCUUCAGGGGUCGCUUUUAGGGUCAAGAUAAUAUUUUUAUUUCCAGUCCAGACCUGGAUUCACUUUUCUCAGUAACUAAUUAAAGGCGCCGUUUAUAUUCAGGUAGGGUGACCCUACUACGACUAACUCUUUUGUUUUUGCUGCCAACUGGCAAAGAAAACGAGUCCAUAGAACUAGGACUACCUUACCUUCAUGUAAAUGGAAUCGUUUUUGUUUCAAGCAUGAAAUCAUCACGAACACGCGAGAUAAAAACAAAACCGACCCGUCCCAGCUUUUAGUAUUGACGACUUAAAACAAAUCACACUCAAAUACCUUACCUGACUUCACAGUCAUUGAUUUUAGCGGUUUCUGUGACUAGUUGGACCCGGAAAUACGUCAAAAGAUCCUAUUCAUGAUAUCGUUCAAACGAACUGGUCAAAUAAACAAAAUUAAGGAUUCAA